CCUAUAGUCAAAGUGGAUAUACUGCACCAACAAAUACAUCAGAAUAUUAUUAUGGGAAUAGUAAUACUCCAGCUGGAGGUAACGGAAACGGUAGCAGUGGUACAAAUCCUCAACCAACGGCACCUCCGUCGGCAUCAUCGCAGGGAUAUACUUCUCGCGAUGGUUAUGAAGUAAGCGGAUACUCCUCUGGUUAUGAGUACGGAAAUUAUCCUACACCUGCAACUUCAGGGAACUAUCAAGCAGGUCCAGGCUCAUCAGGUGGUUCUACAACUCAACCAUACAAUUCAAGUGGUGGUUAUAACAGUGGAACAAAUAAAACGGGCUAUUCAGAUCGAGAUAACGAUUAUGGCGAAGGUCCCGGUUAUGGCGGCAAUAAAAAUCCUUAUGGUGAUAAUUAUGGUGGUAACUACAAAUCUCGUGAAAAUAAACGAGAAGGUGGUUAUGGUCCAUCAUCCAAUGAUGGUGCUUCAUACGAUAAUUACGGAAACCAUCCUGAAGACGGUUCAGUAGUUCAAAAAAGUACCGAUACUGUUUAUAUUUCAAAUUUAAGCAAGGAGGUUACUGAAGAGAAAUUGGCUGAUUAUUUCGGUGGUCUUGGAAUGCUAAAAAUUGAUAAGAAGACACAAAAGCCAAAGAUAUGGAUUUAUUACGACAAAGCAUCUGGUCUUCCUAAAGGGGAUGCCACUUUGACGUAUGAAGAUCCGGACUCGACUGCAGCAGCAAUAAAAUAUUUUGAUAAUCAACCAUUCCUUGGUCAGGUUAUAAAAGUCGAAAUGUCGGUACGUAAAAUCGCCUCCACAGGUGGUGGUUUUAGAGGUCGUAGUAGAGGUAGAGGACGCGGUGGAUUUUCAGGUGGCAGAGGUGGUCGUGGAGGUCCACCUCCACGAGAAGGUGAUUGGGUGUGCAGCUCUUGUAACGCUAAUAAUUUCGCUAGAAGAAUGGAGUGUUAUAAAUGUCAUUCACCUCGUGCUGGUGCCCCUGGAGAUAGUGGCGGCUAUGGCGGUCGAUAUUCUGGAUCACAAAGAGGUGGGUAUAGGGGUCGUCGUGGUGGUG